AUGGCUGAAGGUAGCGUUCCUCCAAUCAAGAAUGGCUGGCGUGACUUUGUUGCUGGCAGUUUCGCUGGCAUGGCUCAAGUCAUUGUCGGACAAUCAUUGGAUACGAUAAAGGUUCGCGUUCAGCUGGAAAGUUCACGUUUUAAAGGUCCAAUGGAUUGUCUAACUCAAACAUUAAGAAAUGAAGGAUUCUUAGCACUUUAUAAAGGAAUGGCCAGCCCUCUUGUUGGAAUUGGUGCUGUGAAUGCUCUACUUUUUGCUGCAUAUUCCCGUCUUAAGUCUAUUCAGACACCAGAGAAUAUUAAUGGUCGACUUGGCCUUCAUCAAAUAGCAAUAGCUGGCGCUGGAGCUGGCGCAGUAAAUAGUAUAUUAGCAUCUCCUGUCGAAUUACUCAAAAUUAGAAUGCAAGCACAAUAUGGAAGUACAAAAGGUGCUUCAACUGAUAGAAAUAAAAUUCAUUACACGGGACCAAUUGAUUGUGCUCGACAAUUGAUCCAUGAACAUGGCAUUAGAAAUGGAUUGUUUCGAGGUUUUUGGAUCACAGUUUGUCGUGAAAUUCCGGGAUACGCUGGUUUUUAUAGUGGAUUUGAAUUCGCAAAAAGAAAAUUAGCAUUUGGGGGAGAUUCAGAUAAUCUUCCAAUUUCUCGAUUGAUGCUAGCUGGGUCUUUCGGUGGUGUUGCUUAUUGGCUAAGUUGUUAUCCAUUUGAUGUUAUAAAAUCACAAAUUCAAAAUCAACCUGAUCCUCCCAAAGGGAUAUUCUAUGUGUUAACCACCUUUAAGAAAGUAUAUGAAACUGAAGGACUAAGAGUACUAACACGUGGAAUCACUCCUACAAUUAUAAGAAGCUUACCCGCUGCUGGCGCUACUUUCACUGUCUAUGAGUUAUCCAUGCGACUUUUUGAUAGAUUGGACGGCAAACUGGACUCCAGAAAUUAUUAA